AUGGAGGGCAUGGCUCGGACAAUGUACCCGGGGGAGGUGAGCCCGGGAGGUCGAUCCGGUCGAAGCCACUUCAGCGAUGCAGACAUGUCUCCUGUUGGUCGUCGCGGAGAGAAGCUUCACACGCUUCGCUCCACUGGCGGCUUCUCGACGCGACCCAUGAGUCGGAUUCAGAGCGCGCCACUUCUACACGCGCAGCAGUCGCCCUCCGUGACCACGUGGUAUACCAAUGCUUCACAGUCCACAUUCGGCAGCCCAUCCAAUCGACGCUCGUGGCAGCCAUUGGCAUCAUCUUUUCGUGAGUGGGACGAAAUCCGAAACAUGGGAGUUCGCGAUCCCACUGACAAGCGAGACUUCGCCAAUGGAUUGGUGCCGAACUGGAGUAAGGAUAACACCAUGCGCAUGCAGGGCAUGCUGGAACAUGUCUUGUCAUGGACGUACUACCACAUCCAGCGCGAUGAAGAGCAUCCCCAGCGCAAAGAGGUCGGCGAGUAUUUGGAUCCGCAGAACGUGCCGGUGGCCCUCCGCUCUGGGGCCGCCCGCUUCAAGUUCUGGUGCGACCUGAAGCCGCCCUUUCAGGUAGUGCAGGUCACACGAGCAGAGGAGGCUCUGGGCAAAUGGCGCGAGGCGGUAGAGAGUGAAGGAGUAAAGCCACACCCCGAUGGAGAGCUCUUCUAUGUGACCUACGAGUGCCCGUUGGCCUACCACGUCGAGCGCGCUUGGGGUCUGAAAACGAUGGCCGGGACCUUCGACAACAAAGUCCACGGCGUUGCCAGCGUCAGAGAUGCACGUUUGGCACAGUGUCACGUCAUAGGCAUUCCCCUCAAAGCCCUUGUCCUUAUAGGCCCUUUUUCCACAGCAGCUGACGAAUUUUUCGGGGAAUGCCGGGUCUUCACUCGCGCAAUGCGCCCAAAGACCUCCUUGACCGCGAGCCUGGCCUUGGUCGCGGCCUGGCAAAGCACUACCGAGGCCCUUCGCUCUUUCUCCACGUAUGUCCUCAACAAGCCUCGUGGCAUCGUAAGCCAGAGGAACGAUGUAUUGGGACGCGACAGUGUUUAUGAGAUAUUUCACAAGCUGGCAUGCGAAGGCCGCAUUCCCGGGCCGCCACCGCCUCCACGCGUCGGCGCUGCCGGGCGGCUGGACAAAGACACGUCUGGGCUCAUUGUCCUCACAGACGAUAGGAAGCUGAACUCUGCCCUCACUCAGAGUCGCACCUUUUCCAAGCGGUACGAGGUCACGGUGAAGGGCCACUGGACUCCCCAGGAUGACAAAUUCCGGAAGCUGACGGAGCCAUACCGCUACCACCGCAUCCAGACCAACUCUGGGAAUGAAUAUUGGACUAUGCCGGCGAAGGUCAAUCUUCUGCAUCAUUGGCGCGAGCCUGUCGAACCGCUUGUGCCACCAGAGCUUGGAGAUCGGUCCAAGCUCCUUUUCGAGCUUUGGGAAGGAAGGCAUCAUCAAAUCCGCCGGCUGAUCAAUCGAUCAGGCUCACCUAUUUCCAGAUUGUGCCUUGAUCAAGCCGACAUCCAUGGCAUCCAUGUUCGAGACGGGCUAAGAGUUGAAUUUGCCCAACCAUUUCGCUGCGCACAGCUGCUGCAGAGAGCAGCAGAUAUCCAACACCAGUCCAACACCCUUUAG